AUUAUGGCCCAAGGCAUAUUCUGCAAUCCUCAGGACCGCGUUCGGCCCCCCCGUGCUAGAGGCAUCCACACGCGAUGCCGCUCUUCACGCAGCUGGCGACCUUGCAAAGGAAGAACUUCCUGGUCACUAAGCGCUCCUGCUAUACUUGCCUGUGCCAGCACAUCUGCCUCGCAAUACUGGUCUUCAUCUCGACUCUGACGUUCUACUUCGCAGAAGGCCCUCUGCAGGCCAUCGAGGCUGCCACUUGGGAGCUGUCGUCGUCGACGAAGGAGCUCUCGCCCCGCACGCUGUACGGGAUUCGGCCCCUCCCGCGCGCGUGCUUCACGCACACUGGGGAGAGCCUCAGCGCAGUGAACGAGCACGAGAGCGAAUGGGAGGGCGAGACCAACGAGAACAGCCCAAGCGUGAACCCGGCGGGGGACUUCCUCCGCAGGGAGAUUCGCGACUACAGUAGCGUCGCGUACUAUUGGAUGGGCUUCGACCAGCUGGUCACAGUUCUCAAGGUGCCGAUGUUGAACCCUGGGCAGCCGCCUGUGCGGAAGACCUUUGGCGUGGUUGGGGGCUCGCACGCCGGGGCCUUGGCGGACCGCAUCAUACGGGUUGCGGGGAUGAACUUCCAGCUGGCCGAGCCCGCGUACAACCUCCUCAACACUUGCCCACCGUUCACUGCAGAUUGCCAGGACUUGUGGAAGUGCUUCGUCCACCGCCUCGAAAUACAGUGGAGGCGGGGAGAGAACGUGGGGCACGAAGAGAGCUGCUCAGCACGUUGCGGCAGCGCAGCCACCGCCACGAUCAGCACCGAUCCGCGGUGGUCCGCAACCUGGCCUUCUCUGGAGGCCGCCGCCACGACGCUGCUCGUGCAGGCAAUAACGAACCCCCGCGUGGACGUGGGGCAGAGCUUCCAGCAGCCAGGCUGCACAGACGCCGGCAGUGGAUCGGCAGGAUUGCCCGCAGUCAGCUCCUCGGUUGCCGCAGCUACGGCAGGCGCGUGGCUCGCCGGCAUCGACAAUGGCGCGGGCUGCCAGGCAAGGCGCCUCGCGACGCCCACCAGGCCUGCGAACGCCUCCGUGGCGGCGAGCGCCCCGCGGCCAGCUGCUGCGGCUGCGGGCGCCCCUCGCGCGGCGCCCGCCGCCGGUGCAGACCGGCGGACGCCCUGGGGCCCUCGGGCGGCGGCCCUGGCGGUGGCGCAGGCAGCGGCUGGCCCGUGGCCGGCGGUCCGGGGCCUGCUGCGGCCGGGCGGGCUCGGCCGGCUGCGGCCUCCCGCGGCGAGGAGCGGCGCGGGGCCGCCGGCGCCGCGGGGCGCCGCGUGGCCAGAGGCGCACGGGCGGAACGCGUCUGGGGGGUUCCUCUCCGCAGGGCCGGGGGCCCAGGAGGCGGGCGUCCAGGGGCGCCGGCUGGUGGAUUGCUACAGCAUCGGCGACGCCUGCGAGUGCGCCCAGCACCGGGGCAUCUGCGGGUGGAGGACGUUCGACAGCCAGUGUGGCGAGGUGACCGAGGAGGAGGGGGAAGCGCCGACCACCACUUGCUGGGAGUGCUCGACCCAGCCAGACUGCGAUCCUUUGGACGCAUGGGCCAGCACGCCCGCUGCCAUACAGUCGCUGCUGCCAGUGGUCCGCAUGUUCGGCAGCAGCGAGGAUUUAGAAGAGCACAUGAAGAAGGAGGACUAUGGUACGGUGUCCGAGGCAAAUGGCCUGUAUGUCACCGACAGCAUCUGUGCGGCUGUGGUCCUGGAGAGCGCCGCAUGUCUCGAUGGGGCUGGCGGGGAGUGCUCGUACACCAUACGCUUGAACGGCACAGGGCUCGAAGCCUUUGCCGGCACAGGCACCCUUGAGGCGUUGCGUGGCACUGGCUGGAACUGGAACGAUGCGUCCAGCUCUGUCUUUACUCUCGGGAUGAUGGCCUACGAACAGUACUUUGAAAGCACAGGGUUCGUGCACCUGCAGCAUUAUGUCGAUGACUACCUACUGAGGCCCUCACCUCCCACGUCCAACGCAGAGUUGAUCGCCCCGUCCUGGUACUUCUUCGUGCCAUUUCCCCGCACCAGUGGCACCCAGUGGGAUCCAAACUUGCUCGGCGCGUUUGCCGGCAGUGGUUCGACAGUGGGCGAAGACAACGACUACGGCUUGGUGGGUAUGUCGGCUUUUGGGCUGUUAAUAUUCUCGUACUCGAUCAUUAGCCGGGCUUUGCGCGAGAAGGAGGACCAACUCCGGGAUGGCAUGCGCAUGAUGGGUCUCUCAGACACUGCUUAUGCAGCUGCCUGCGGCAAAUCCUGCCACCGUGCCAGCGCGGCAUCGAAACUUCUGCAGAAUGGUUCCAUCUUUGGGCAGCG